AUGGUCCUCGGAUUUGGUAACAAGAACGCCGCUCAGAACCCUACCUCUCCCACUCACCCCACUUCCACCUCAGCCACUCACCCCACUUCCACUCACACCGGCACUGAUAUCGGUGCUACCCACUCCGGUACUACUGGCGGCACCCACGCAGUAGGCAACGGACCCAUCUCCGGGACGGGGUACAACAACUACCCUGAAGUCCACGCGCACGGCAAGACUGGGGAGGGGGUUAGUGGACAUCAUGUCCCUGGAUCGGGAGCGCAUGUCGCUGGGACUCAUUUGCCUGGAACUGGAGAGCAUACCAACCCCGGCCACGGAACUACCCAUACGGGAACUGGGCUUGGGCAUUCGACGGGUACGGGCUUGACGGGAGGUAACACCCACCAUACCACCGGUACGGGCCUUACUGGGUCGAACACCCACCAUACUACCGGUACUGGUCUCACCGGUUCGCACACCAACACCAACACCCACUCGUCCGGGACUGGCUUGAUGGGCUCGAACACCCACCACACCUCGACCACCCAUACCGGAACGGGAGUCACCCCCGGUUCAGGCGCGCCCGUCUACGACAAACAUGGUGAAGCGCAUUCUUCCAAACUCGGGGCUACCGCUGCCAACCUCCUCCCCGGUAACAACACCCACUCUACCACGGGUACGCACGGUACUGCCGGCGCUCACGGUACCCAUGGUGUACAUGGGACUCAUACCAACUCGUCUGGGGUUGUUCUCGACUCUGUCACUGGACAGCCGCACCACUUGCACGAGACGCACGGGUCUGGGCUUACUGGUUCGCACGGAACCCACACUGGCACUGGUCUUACGGGCUCGCACGGUACCCACACUGGUACGGGAUUGACUGGUACCCACGGUACCCACGGUACUACUGGUCUUCAUUCGACCGAUAUCACCGGAUCUGGUCUGACCGGAUCUCACGGCGCUACGACCCAAACCGGGCCUGGAUUGACUGGGACCCACGGCGCUCACACAGGGACUGGCUUUAACGACGCCCACGGUACUAGCACUCACUCUGGUACGGGUCUGACUGGGAACCACGGGACCACCGGUCUGACCGGGGCGGACGGGACUGGCCUGGUCGGAAGUCACGGAGGGGCUCGUGGAACCGGAUUGACUGGGACCCACGGUGGGAUCGGCGGAACGACGGGUACCAACCACGGGACCCAUGGUCACAACACCAACACCUCGACCGUCGGGGCUGGUCACUCUCACUCGCACGGUGUCGGACACACCGACGCCGCGACGCUCAAGGAGGCCGAAAAGCUGGAAAAGAGCGGACAUACGCAAGAGAAGAUCGGGAGCAUGUUGGGUAUGAAGAGCAUGGCCGCCAAGGGUGAAGCCAAGGUCAUCGAGGCUCAACAGCUCAAGCACCAGACCGGCGCUGAGCCCGGUGUAGCCGGCCGACACAUCUGAUGCGUCAACCCACCAAGAUAUCCUCUACCCUCUUCUUUUCGAGAUUGAGCUCGUCCGACCGGAUUGUGUAAUUCGAAGGCCGCUUCAACGGCCCAGAAUCUCGUUCAACGUAUAGGUCCAAGUAGUUAAUUUGACGUGAUUGUCUUGUU